AUGGUAUCUUUUGAUGUUACAUCCCUUUCUGCUUCUAUUCCCCAGGAGCUGGCGAUCGAGACAAUUGAGCUGCUACUACAAAGCGAAUACGAUGAAACGGAGAACCGUCUUGGACACGCCCAAGUCCUUCAGCUCCUGAAGCUCUGUCUCAGGACGUACUUCACGUUCGGCGGGACAAUCUACAAACAGGUGAAGGGCACACCAAUGGGUUCGCCGAUUUCAGGAUUCAUCGCCGAGGCGGUCCUGCAACGGUUAGAGUCGUUGGUCUUCCAACACCACAGACCGAAAUUCUGGGCCCAGUAUGUGGAUGAUACCUUCUUCGUCAUCAAACGGGAUCAGGUGUUGAUAUUCCAAGAACGUCUCAACGCCGUCUUCCCGGACAUUCAAUUUACGAUGAAGGAGGAAGAGAACAACCAGCUGGCCUUCCUGGAUGUCAUCGUAUGCCGCAAAGAUUGUGGUGAACUAAAAACCAAAGUGUUCAGGAAAGCGACAGAUAGGAUGCAAGCACUGAACUUCAACAGCAACCGCCAAAUCAGCCACAAACGCAGUUGGGUAAGAACGCUCUAUCGGCGUGUCGAAACGUACGGCAGUGAGCUUGAGGACAAGAUUGCCGAACUACAAUACCUCCGACGGAUAUUCAAAGCCAAUGGCUACCGGCGCAAUUUCUUCAACCGGUGCAUACGCAAAAAGGACGAAAGGCCUAACCGCACGGACACCAAAUCUUGGCGGGCGCUUCCGUAUGACAAGAACGUUUUCAGAAGCUGUCGACCGCCUUCUCGCACCACUUGGGAUUGGAGUUGCACACAGACCGGAGGCAACCAUCGGGCGUCUGGUCAAGAAACCGAAAGACCCACUGCCACGGCUAGAUAAUUCUGGAGUCGUUUAUCGGAUCUGGUGCAGUUGCGGACAAAGCAACUACGUCGGAGAAACCGGAAGACUGCUCCGAACGAGAAUGGUCGAACACGCUGCAGCGGUGUGGUAAAAUGACGCCAGCUCUCAAGUUGCGGCUCAUUCGACGAGAUCCGGCCACACAUUCAAAAUCGACAAGGCCGAAAUUCUUGUAAGAGGUGACAACCGCGUGAGCCGGGAACUACUGGAAUCAUGGUUUACUGGCCCCCAGUCCAUCAACAAGUGCAAUGAUCUUCCCCCUGCAUACUCGGUGCUGAGACUUCGCCUAGGCGAAGUAAUUAGCCAUGCGGGGAGUGCGCAGGUGAACACUUUUCCCAACACCAGGGUCGGUGCGUCAGCUGGUCGAGCCAUCAUCACGCCAACAUCCAACACACAUGAUGAAAUUGCAGCAAUUAACGACGCGAACGCUGGCCCUCAAACAAUUAGCACACCAAGUGCAACGAUCCCGGAUGAAAGGGGGGAGCCGUGAAUGUUCAUAGGUAUGCGGUAGCAUGGCUACUGCAUCCUAUAAAUACCGCAGCCCCUUGUGCAACAACCACCCAUUUCUGCUUUUUUGUCUCUGAUGAUGGAUUCGAGUAGGAAUCCGAAACGUCAGGCUAAUAAAGCUCUCGUCCCGGCGAUCGUGUCUCCUUCUCCAAGACUACUUCCUGGGACUCGUCUCUUCGCUUCUAUUGACAAGUUAAUUUUUUUUAGAAAGUCAGGGUUUAAACCACUCAGUUCCUGAGAUACCCUCCGAUUUGUGUACGUCAAGGCAUGUUUGGCAGGAGUGACUUGUGCGCCGGUAUAGCGCCCGACGCGUUGAGACGCACUGCAGUGAAAUGGAAGACAAGGUUACUGAAUUACAACAUCUUCGACGGGUAAUGAGAACCAAUGUUUACCCGCGCAACUUUGUUAACCAGUGUAUACGAAGAGGACACCAGAGACCAAAGUCAACCGGCCCCAAAUUUUGGCUGGCCCAUCCGUACGUGAAGAACGUCUCGGAAGCCGUCAGUCGUCUUCUCACUCCACUUUAAGUUGGGAUUGCACACAGGCCGGAAGCAACCAUUAGGCACCAAGUCAUGAGACCAAAAGACCCACUGCCACGGCAAGAAACGUCUCGAGUCGUUUACCGGAUCUGGUGUAGAUGCGGACAAAGCAAAUACAUCGGAGAUACCGGGAGAUUACUCCAUACGCGAAUUGCCGAGCACGAAGCAGCAGUGAGGCGGGGAGACGCUAACUCUCAGGUGGCGGCACACUAGACGGGACCCAGUCAUAUUUUCAAUUUUUAAGAGGCCGAAAUCCUCGCAAGGGGUGACAACCGCGUGAGCCGCGAGCUGCUCGAGUCAUGGUUCUCAGGCCCGAAAUCCAUCAACAGCACAAAGACCUCCCGGUACCAUAUUCCGUGAUGCGAUUUUCCCUGGGCAGGGAAAUCAGUCACGUGGGGAGGGCGCGGGCGAGCAAUCAUCACAGUGACAGUGAGCCAAUUUGCUGAGCAAUCGUCACACCAGCAUCCAGCACGGAUGACGAAAUCACGGCUUCAGACAGUGUGUCAAGGCGCCAGACUACCUUGCCUUUCCCUACCUGUUCCUCAUUCUUGAACUUACUGGUUGUUUAACGGAAUGGAAUGAAGACAACUCGGCGCGACGCGUUUGGCAUGAGUGGCAUUGUCAGGUCGUUUGACUUUUGAUUAUUAAUUCUUCCAUAACUCUGGUCUUAUCCUGAUUUUCAUAGUCUGGGAUUGACGGUUCUGUCUUUAGCGCUCGCUACAACAGAACCGCUCGUGUCUUUCCAGUUUAUUGCUCUCGACGGAACGGUGGACUUGUGCACUGGACGAGGAUGGUAGGGUCGAUGUCAUCUACACGGACUUCAAAAAGGCAUUCGACUGCGUCCCACACAAACGCCUAAUCUACAAACUUUCUGAAAUUGGGAUAAGAAGAAGGCUGCUGACAUGGAUAACAGAUUUUCUUAGCGGGAGAUCACAAACCGUGUGCAUUGAGGCCUCAAGGUCAACCCCUACCCCCGUUCUAAGUGGUGUACCCCAGGGCUCCGUCUUAGGGCCGUUGCUAUUCCUGAUUUACAUUAACGACUGCGUCGACGACCUGGGAUGCAGCGCCAUCAUGUUUGCUGACGAUGUUAAGCUGUUGAGACCCAUCAGAUCUGACGCAGACAGGUACGCGCUUCAAGACAGUCUCAACCGUCUGAAGAGUUGGUCAGCUCGUUGGCUCCUUAAUUUUAAUGUGGACAAAUGCGUGGUCCUGAGACCCCUCACCAAAAAGACCAGUAGGGAGGGCGAUUAAUUUCAAUACGUCCUGGGUGGUCAGCCCCUUUCACAUGUUGCGGAACAGAAAGACCUCGGCGUCCUAAUGACCUCCUCGCUGAAACCAUCAUCACAGUGUCAAAGGGCAGCCAAAAGUGCUAUAAGGGCGUUAUUUGGGCUGAGGCGAGGACUUGCGCAGAUCGAUAAAGAGCUGUUCGGAAAAACCUGUGCGACCUUUGUCCGGUCUCACUUAGAGUAUGCAGUCCAGGCCUGGCGACCGUGGUUGAAGAAAGAUUAUCAAAGGCUGGAAAGAGUACCGGCGAUGGCUACGAAGAUGGUCAAGAAUCUUAAUCAUCUGCCUUUCGAAGGCAGGCUGACCGAACUAAAUCUGUUUCCUCUUAAUUACAGGCAACUGCGCGGCGAUCUCAUUCAAACCUACAGGAUUGUCAGGGGCCGUGAGUGCGCCCUAGGCUUUGGUGAACUCUUCGAACCGGCCGGGACUGACCGUCUGCGUGGUCAUCCCUUCGAACUGCAGAGGAGGCUGGCUCAUUCGGACGUCCGACGGAACGCCUUCUCGCAGAGGGUCAAAGGGGCAUAG